AUGGCAGAAAACAACCAGACAUUCUUACAACAAACACCUUUGACAACAGAACCCAUAUCAUCUGAACCCAUGCUAGCCUUUAAUCAGUUAGCCAACAUACUACCAAAAGAAACAAUAUUGCUACUUGCCCAGUCUUUACAAAAUGUAAAGAAAGAGCCAUCCAGUGCCAUAGAGAUCUGUUCUCGGGUGGUGAAGUUUCAUCCGGAAGCACCUCAGAGUCCUUCAGUCCCUGUAAAUGAUGAUUUGGUACUUCAUUGUGAUCGUGAAUGGCGUCAUUCCUUUGUUCUUCUCCUCCACAUCAACGGCCGAGCUCAUCAAGAAGCUCCCGGUCAGCCAGAUGGCGUUUCUUUCAAGCAGCACUCUGGUUACAUCGUCACGGAUCCUCGACGUGGCCAUGCUCUGUUCUAUUACUUCGUGGAAGCCGAUGCUAGAGACCCUUCAUCUUAUCCUCUAACGUUGUGGUUCAACGGCGGCCCCGGUUGCUCUUCUCUUGGGUUCGGUGCAUUCGAAGAGCACGGUCCGUUUCGACCAGCUGGGGACGGUGGCUUGACGAAGAAUGAAUUUUCCUGGAAUAAAGUGUCGAACAUGCUGUACGUGGAAUCCCCCAUCGGAGUUGGGUUUUCAUACUCGAACACAACUUCGGACUACGUCAAUUGGACAGAUGCAGACACCGCCAGAGCAAACAUGCAGUUCCUUCUCGGUUGGUAUAAAGAAUAUCCGGAAUAUAGAGACUCAGAUUUAUAUCUGUCGGGGGAGAGCUACGCUGGCCACUACGUACCGCAGCUUGCAGCUCUGGUGCUGGACUACAAUAAGCAGUCCCAUGGGAAACCGAUCAAGCUUAAGGCGAUAGCACUUGGCAACCCACUUCUCGAUUUACGGAUUAGUGUGGAUGCCGCCACAUUUUUGUGGUCCCAUGGUGUCAUUUCGGACGAGACAUUGAAGCUGAAGGAGACGGUGUGCAAUGACUCCAGGUACCGGACGGAGCUAAUCCAUCACAAAAUUUCAAAGGAAUGUGCAGGGGUGUUGGAGAGGCAGAUGGAGGAAUUGGGGAAUUUUACUGAUCCAGGCGAUGUGCUCGCACCUUAUUGCUUCUCUGGGACUGCUGCAAUGCAAUCAGCUUCUAGCAGCGCGUGGGAUGCGUAUCACGCCAAACUAGCUCGAAGGAUGGUUCCAACUGAUCCGUGCCUCGGAGAUUACAUAUUUUCGUACCUGAACAAUCCUCGGGUUCAGAAAGCACUCCACGCCAAUACAACGAAGCUGCCAUCGGUUUGGCUUCUUUCUUAUCAUGACGUCGAUAUAGGCAUCGACAUCACACCUCUUUUAUCGGCCUUAAUCAAGAAGCAUCUGCGAGUCCUCCUCUUCAGCGGCGAUCAAGAUUCGAAAAUACCAUUGACACAGACGAGGAUGAUCGCCAACAUGAUCGCUCGAGACUUGAAAUUCACAUCCUUGGGUAAAUACGCACCUUGGUACGAUAAUAUGCAGGUUGGUGGAUGGACUCAGUCAUUUGGUAGCUCAAGAGAAGGGAAGAACGUGACUCACCUGACAUUCGCCACGGUCAGAGGAGCGGCUCACGAGGUCCCAUAUACUUCGCCCUCGCAAGCUCUCACCUUGUUCAAAGCAUUUCUCGAGGGAUCCUCUCCGCCGAAAGUGCCGUUCAAGAACUGA